GAGUCAUUCCAUAGCCAUAAUCUAUCCGGCUGGCGAAAUUUGCUGCAAGUGGGGCGGGGAAGUGUGACGCCACACCUAGAAACAGGGUGCAUUCAGCGACGCGUCUCUGUCUGCGAUCAGAAAACCGACGGCUGUUGUGCUUCCUAUGUGUGGAAGGUAGGAAGCGCUCCCGGAGACUUCAGAGACACCCUUUUUCUGCUGCCAGGCGACCGUGACACCAGCGCAGACAUGUUUUCCUCGGGUCCCAACUACGCCAAGUUGAAGACCAACUUGAGACUAACGAUAAACCGCCUGAAGUUGCUUGAACGUAAGAAAACAGAGCUAGCGCAGAAGGCUCGUAAGGAGAUCGCAGAGCACCUGGCAAAUGGGAAAACUGAAAGGGCAAGGAUCCGCGUGGAGCACAUAAUUCGUGAGGAUUACCUCGUCGAAGCUAUGGAACUCGUUGAAGUUUACUGUGAUCUUUUGUUGGCACGUUUUGGUCUCCUUCAACAAAUGAAAACGCUGGAUGAAGGUCUCUCGGAAGCUGUCUCCAGCCUCAUCUGGGUGGCACCGCGGCUACAGGCUGACGUCGCCGAGCUGAAGGCGGUCGCCGAUCAGCUGGCGAUCAAGUACGGUAAACCUUACGCACAGGCGGCCCGCGAUAACGGGUUGUCAACGGUGAGUCCAAAGCUGAUGCAGAAGUUGAGCGUCCAAGCACCACCGCGACUUCUAGUAGAGCAGUACCUGGUAGAGAUAGCGAAGAGCCACGACGUGCCCUACGAGCCGGACAAAUCUGUCAUGGAAGAACCAAGCGACGAAACAUCGCAGCCUCCAUUGAUCGAUCUUGGCGCUGCGGCUCGACCACCCGGUUUUAUCACCGAUCCCUACCCCCAGUUUGUGCCUGGCAGUGUACCGCAGGGCGUAGACUACACGCCACCGCCGACAGCGGGACCGGACUACAACGCGCCACCAUUCAAACCUCCGGCAGGAUGCGACUUUCAGGCUCCACCGUUUGCGCCCCAGCCUAUGAACUUCCCUGGGCCUCCGCCAGUUCCCAAAGCACCACCUGUCGCUGCUCCGUUCCCAGCUAUAAACCCGCACACUGUCGGCUUCGGCGAAGGGGGCCUGCCACCAUAUAGUGCAGUGAGCGGACUGCCUGACUUGCCGUCAGUACCUUCUGGCAGCUUGCCGAAGCCGCCUUCCAAGGAAGACGACCUCGACUUUGACGACUUGACGCGCCGAUUCGAGGAACUCAAAAAAAGGAAGUAAAGCCCGGCGCGUUUACAUAUUUCUGCUGGUCGUUUAUUUCUGCUGUGCGUAGAAUAAAGGAAUGCUUAUGCA